AUGGAAGUUCCCAAUACCAUGUGGGGAUUUCGCUCAUCAUCAACAUUAGCGAACAUAUUUCUCCUUCUCUUAGUUGCCAUGAUCUUUUCAGUAAGCCAUGUUUCAGCUUCUAAACAAUUUCAAAAUGAAACUGAUCGUCUUGCUCUGCUUGAAUUCAAGAAGCAGAUAUACAAUGACCCGCUUGGAGUGCUGAACUCCUGGAACCAUUCACAGCACCAUUGCCAGUGGGAAGGAAUCACAUGUGGUACUCGACAUCAGAGGGUUAUAGCCUUGACUCUGAGGCAUAAGCACUUUUCCGGUAUUAUAUCUCCUCUUGUCGGAAAUCUAAGCUUCAUGAGGUUCAUCCAUCUUGAGGAGAAUCAAUUCCACGGUGAGAUUCCCCAAGAAUUCGGUCGCCUCUUCAGGCUGAGAGUCCUGAACCUACCAAUCUUUAAUAGUUCAGCCGUUGUUGUGAUUUCAGUAGCUGGCAAUUCCUUUCAUGGCAAUCUCCCAACCAACAUAGGUCUUACCCUACCAGUCUCCCAACCUUGGGGGAAACAAAUUCUAUGUCAAUCUACAGAAGACUUGGAUUUUAUUGCAUCAUUGACCAACUGCAGCAAUCUAAGCGUUCUUUCCUUGAGUGUGAAUAAAUUUGGAGGCAAUAUGCCUAAAGCCAUGGCCAAUUUCUCAAAUCAACUCAAUGAAUUUUACGUGGGAGGAAACUAUCUAUCAGGAACUAUUCCAGAAGGAUUUGGAAACUUUGUCAACCUAUAUAAACUUGGCCUUGAAUUUAACUCUUUUUCAGGGAUUAUUGCAAGAGAUUUUGGCAAGUUACCAAAUUUGCAAGGAUUGCGUCUAGACCAUAAUGACUUGUCAGGACAGAUAGUCUCUACCUUAUGCAACAACACCAGUCUAUACUAUCUGGACUUAUCAUUUAACCAGUUUGAAGGGGGCAAUAUACUUGACAAUGUUCUUAUGAACUGUCAAAAUUUGCAAUAUGUGGAUAUAUCUCAAAACAACUUCACUGGAAUUAUAUCACCACAUUUUCUGGAGACUCAUUCAUCAUUGAUUUACAUGGGAUUAAGUGAAAAUUCUUUUACUGGUUCUCUGCCUCCUGAAGUUGGAAAGCUUAUACAUUUGGCUGAUUUCAAUGUUUCCCACAACCAACUUGUUGGAGAUAUACCCAUGUCACUUGCUGAUUGUUCAAAUCUGGAGAAUCUUUUUAUGCAGGCCAAUUUUUUCCAAGGAACAAUUCCACCAAAUUUGGCUUCUUUGAAGAGCAUCCAGCAAUUAGACCUUUCAAGUAAUAACUUGACUGGUCCAAUACCCAGUGAUCAAGGGGAAAAACACUGA